UGGUGUGGGGGAGCUUAGGCCGAGCGAAACUGGUCAGCCUUCAUCAUCAAAAGCUUCAAACUGUGAUUCUUCCACGACAACAACGAAUUCUUCGAUACCCCUACCAUAAUUAUGUCUGCCCUAAGAAUCCUUGUGCCCGUAAAGAGGGUUAUUGACUAUGCGGUCAAACCCCGCGUCAACAAAGCCCAGACAGCUAUUGAGACCAAUGGCGUCAAACACAGCAUGAACCCUUUCGACGAACUCUCAAUUGAAGAAUCUGUUCGAAUUCGCGAGAAGAAAUCCGCACCUGGCGGCGUCGAAGAAAUCCUCGCAUUUUCCGCUGGGCCGACGAAAUCGCAAGAUAUCCUACGCACGGCUAUGGCUAUGGGUGCCGAUCGCAGUUUACUGGUUGAGAUGAAAGAUGGAGAAGAAUUGGAACCAUUGGGAGUAGCGAAACUGUUACAAAAGGUUGUGGAGAAGGAGAAGAGCAAUUUGGUAUUUUUGGGGAAACAAAGUAUUGAUGAUGAUGCGGGGCAGACAGGACAAAUGUUGGCGGGGUUAUUGGGAUGGAGUCAAGCGACGCAGGCGAGUAAGGUGGAGUUCAAGGAUGGAGAUAUAGUUGAGGUUACAAAGGAGGUGGAUGGCGGAACAGAUGUGGUGAGGGGCAAAUUACCCAUGGUUAUCACAACAGAUCUGAGAUUGAAUGAACCGAGAUAUGCGAGCUUGCAAAGUAUCAUGAAGGCGAAGAAGAAGAAGCUGGAGAAAUCUACACUAGGUGACUGGGGCGUGGAUGGUACCAAGAGAUUAAAGACUUUGAAGGUUAUUGAACCACCGCUAAGACAAGGCGGCGGUAAAGUCGACGACGUGGAUGGAAUGAUCUCCAAAUUGAAGGAACUAGGCGCAUUAUAAAGGGAUGGGAAACGAUCAUGGACGAAAAUGGAUGUAAAUAUGUACGAAUUACAGGAUCAGGCGAGGGAAAGCAUUGGGCUUUAGACGCGAGUAGAAGUUAAGAAUGAUCAAGCCUACCCGCACAUCAUUUCAAUAGAUCUAUGACGACAAAUAGGUUCAGUGCGAAAUCAGCGCGCUGUGUAUAAUGCUUGGAGG